UUACACUUGGCCCAAUGCAGUCAGGCAAGUACCAUUCUCCUGGCAACCACCAAACCCAGACACGUCCAUUGGAUUGCCGGAGAAGUGUGAUUGGUCACUCCAGAGAACACGUCUCCACUGCUCUAAAGUCCAGUGGCGUCGUGCUUUACACCACUGCAUCCGACGCUUUGCAUUGCACUUAGUGAUUUGCUUCCACUUUGUUAUAAUCCCACUAAUAUUUAGUAGCCAGGAAAUGUCACGGAUGGACUUAUUGCACAGGUGACAACCUAUCACGGGACCACGCUUGGAGUCACUGAGCUCCUGAGAGCCACCCAUUCUUUCACAAAUGUUUGUAGAAGCCGUCUGCAUGCCUAG